CCUCACGGAUAUCCGCUUUCAACACACGGAGAAAAUAAUUGCACGUGGAGCGCUGAACGCAACAAAUACAGGCGCAUUUUCUGUAAAAUAAAAGUUUGGUGGUGCAGUAUUGUUGUUUAUAACUUACAAAGCACAAGUUAUUUGCCACGAUGUUCCUGCAGUUCUACUUGAACGAGAAUGGGGAGAGAGUGUACACUCUGAAGAAGGUGGAUCUAUUGGGCCAGCCCACCAGCUCUGCCCAUCCCGCCCGCUUUUCGCCUGACGACAAGUUCUCCCGGCACCGGGUAACCCUGAAGAAACGCUUCGGCCUCCUCCUCACCCAGCAGCCCAGACCAGUUCUGUGAUUGAAGCAUGAAUGAGAACUAUUGUGCCUGAUUCACACUACAGGGCCGUAGGCUUGGAUAUUUUCUUUGUACAUUGUCCUUUCCAGCACGGUUACAGUGACAGUACAGCUCAGCAUGGCCCUAUAGUGUGAAUCAGGCUUUGAUUUAUCAUCAAUUGAUUUAAGAGGCUCGCUCCUCCAUUGUUUGAGACGUAUGGGCCCAGAGGAUGUAUGCCUUGGGGCUAGCCUCAGAAAUCUGCUUAUGAAAAUCUCAGGCCGGCUCCUAAAUAGGCUAUUUGUCUUUAAAAAAAUACCUAUAUAUAAUUCUGUGUGUAUACAACACAUUAUCAUUUUGGAUAUAAAGUGCUGUAUGUUAUUCUACUAAUCCAUAUGAAUGUGGUUUCAAAGCUGUCAAAAUCAACUGUUAAUUUGACGUGUGUACUAGUGUCAAUAUUUUUCUAAAAGUAUUUGUUUUGGAGACGGAGAAUAAAUUAAAUGUGAAAACUA